AUGUAUACUGCAUUUUCUCUCUCACCACGUCUGUUGCUCAUCCGGCAGACAUGGACGGCCGGAAGGAAGGUGAUGUUAAUUACGAAGUUUUUUGUCUCGAGGCUACCGGAAAGAUGCAGCUCUAAGGAUGUCGCGGAAGCUUUAUUACCAUUCGGGUCAAUUCAGGGGGUUUAUAUCGCAAAGAAAAGAGACAAAAAUGGCUACCGUUUCGGUUUUGCUAGUUUCAAAGGGGUGAAGGAUGCGGCGGAGUUAGAGAAACAGAUGAGGAAUAUCUGGAUCGGAAGUUACAGGCUGUUUAUUAAUGUUGCUAGGUUUGCGAAGGAAAAUGAUACGGGGGGUGUCUAUAGGGAUAAUGAGGAGAAGAAGAAGGGACAGAGACUCAAUGAUCAGGGAGAAAGACAUCAAUUUUUCAAAGAGCAGGAGGUUUUUAGGGGUAGAUCUUUUAUCAACAAAGGGAUAUCGUUCGCUGACACAGUGUCCGGCAAGUCUCAAGGUGCGGGCAGCGAGAAGGAGGUGACGGUUUCCGAGUAUGCUAAGGCAUAUGUCGAAAUGCAUGACAAGGCGAUCGUCGGAAAGAUGAAAGAUUUAUGGAAUCUUAGGAAGCUGGAUAUUCUAUUGAAGGAAGCAAACUUUGGGGACGCGGUGAUUAAAUAUCUAGGCGGUUUAAACGUUAUGGUGGUUUUCAGGUCAUCGGUCGAGGCCGACAAUUUCAGAGCUAAUUCACCUGGGUUCGGGUGGUUUGUCAGUGUUGAGAUCUGGAAGGGACAAGCUAUCGCCUUCGAAAGACUGGCGUGGCUUAACAUACACGGAGUACAUCUACACUUGUCGGGAAACGAAACUUACGAUUCGGUAGGGAGAGUUUUUGGCAAAGUCAUUCAUGCGUCACAAAGACAAUCGGAGGACAAUAUCCUUACGUAUGAUUGUGUGUGCGUCUUGACGGACACGGUAAAAAGGAUUGAAGAAGUAGUCGUUAUUAUCGUGAAAGGAAAGCGUUUCAGGAUCUGGGUCGAAGAAGAAAGAGGGGAUUGGUUACCGGAUUCGGUUGAGAAACAAGAUACGUGUUCGGUCGAUAGUGACGGGUGGGAUCUCAUGUCAGAAAGCGAGAAAACCAAUAAGAAGAAAAAAAGGCUCGGAAGCCAGGGAGUCGUUGGAGGAGGAAGCUAG